CAGCUGCCUGAGCAGAAACCAGCAAAUCGUCACUGCGAGCUUCUUCAAGAACACGAGCAAAAUGAAAUCUGCUGCAGCUUUUGUUGUUCUCGCUUGUCUGCUUAUGGUGCACGUACAAGGUCAGGCCAGGCCAAGUGUAAAGAGGUGCUUAUGUCAAGGUUCUGGGGUGAACGUGGUUCGUCUACAACGUGUUGAGAAAGUUGAAGUUUAUCCUGCUGGUCCAUCUUGUGAAAAUGUGGAAAUUAUUGUCACUUUGAAGAACGGAGCAGGACAAAAAUGCUUGAACCCAGAAUCCAGUUUUGCCCAGAAUUACAUCAAGAGAGCCAUUAAAAAGAGGAGUCUGCAGUGAAGCCUGUGACACAACUACAGUGAAGAUGUGGAAGAGGAGGUUGAAAACAUUAAGACAGUGAACGUUGUUGACUGUAUUUAUAGUUACCUCAAAUACUUAAGCUACUUCAAUGUAUAUAA